UUAGACAGAGCUGUCUUUAGUUCGUGCAGAUGGUACUGUAGUGAAUCAAGGGUUGACGUUUUAGCGCUUCUGUGGGAAAUAAGUUUCAGGGUUACCAAAUGGAAAUUUAAAAAGGAGGUGCUGACUUGCAGCCUUUCGUCAUUUACUUCACUGUUGUCUCUCGUCCACAUUGCCACUCCAGUCUGUUUCCCCAGGCGCAGGUGGAGCAGCCAUGUCCACUGGCUCUGCUGCAAGUGAUGCCGAGGACGACGAGACACGCCACAAAAGGACUACCGCUGCCUUGGAGGCCACCGCGCGGAAAGUCACCUGCUAUAAUCCCAGCCGGUACUCGGAGGAGGAGUUGGAAGACGAAGGUGUUGAGGGGAGGAUCAAGCAGGAGCACAGACUUUCCAAAGCGCACCAGAGGGAAACGCGACAGUCGCAGAGGAACGCGGCUAACGCCAGGGAGAGGGCGAGGAUGAGAGUGCUGAGCAAAGCUUUCUCCAGACUGAAAACCAGCCUGCCCUGGGUCCCAGCGGACACCAAACUUUCCAAACUGGACACCCUUCGUCUCGCUUCUAGCUACAUUUCCCACCUUAGGCAGCUUCUGCAGGAUGACCGAUUCGAGAGCAGAUUUGCACACCCUGUCAGUCUGACCUGGCCAUUUAUGAUGACAGGAAGGUCAGAGGAAGACAUCUCAUCAUCUAUGAGACUUUGUGGAGCAACAGCUUAGGCGACACGUCUUCACCCACCAAGCUCAAGCUCUUCGGCUAAAACCUGAAAACAACAACAACAAUAAAAACAAAAAGGAGGGGCAUCAGUUUGACCCCAUUUUAACCACAUGCCCUAAACAAUGACUGUGAAUUUAAAACUAUUGUGUUUUACUGCGUGCAUGUUUGCUGAAAUCAGUAUUAUGUCACAUUUACACUGAGUGUAACUUCUAAUCUUCAUUUAUGCUUGAUUUUUUUGUGUGUAAAAUUUGGAUUUAGCAAACUUCUUUAAUAUCUUUCAUCCCAUCAGUUUGUGCACAGCAUCAUUAAACUGUUAUAUGGCUGAACACACUUUUGAUACAUUAAACAGUUUUGGCAGCUCGGCCUGUGCAUGA